CUCUAUGGUGUUUCCGGUGCUGAUCCUGGAGCUUCAGGCCUCGCUGUGUAUGAGGCGAUUGUUGCCGGGGAAGACUCACUGUCCUGCACAAUGGGGAAGCGAGACAACCGGGUGGCUUAUAUGAAUCCAAUCGCUAUGGCACGUGCGAAAGGCCCGGCAUCGUCUGGAGGUCCUACAAUCCAGGAUUAUCUGAGUAGACCUAGGCCAACUUGGGAAGAAGUGAAAGAGCAACUGGAAAAGAAAAAAAAAGGCUCCCGAGCUCUAGCAGAAUUUGAGGAAAAGAUGAAUGAGAGUUGGAGAAAGGAACUGGAAAAAAACAGGGCAAAGGUGUUCGCAGGCAGUGAAAAUACCUCAAAAAAGAAAGAGAAGCGGAAAAAGGAGAAGAAGAAAUCUGGUGGGUUGUCUUCAUCAUCUUCCUCCUCUUCAUCGAGUUCUGAUUCUUCUAGGAGUUCAGAUGAAUCUGACUAUGAGAGCAGGAAAAAACAUGCAAAAAGGAAGAAAAAGAAGAAAUACUCUAGCAGAAAAUCAUCUGAUAGUAGUUCGGAUUCAGAAAGCAAGGACAGCCUGAAAAAGAAGAAAACAAAAGAUGACCAAGACAGAGACAAGGAAAGCAAAAGUCUUAGCAGAAAAAGGAGGCGGACUGAGGAUGACCCCAGACAUUCUUCAUCGGAAUCCUUUUCCAGAUCAGAAUCUGAAGAGGAGGUUUAUGGUAAAAAGAAGAAAAGUAGUGAAGAAAAAACUGAUAAAGCUAAAAAGAAGAAGAAGCACAAGAAACAUCACAAGAAGAAGAAGAAAAAGAACAUCGCUCAAAGCUCAGAUUCAGAAUAACACUCAUAUAUAAUAUGGCUAAAAUGCUUGCAACACGUUAUGUUCCAUAGGACUGUCGUAACAUGUUUUAUACCUUCUUGUGCUCUCAGAGUUAAAGCUCAGACUGUAAAAGGGCUGGCAUAUGUUCAUGGUUACUGACACCGAGUCAUACAUAUGAAGAGCAAUUUCCCAAGAA